AUGGCCUCCCGUGUCUUCGCCUCCCGCGUGGCUACCACCAUGGCCGCGACCUCCAAGGUUGCUCGCCCUGCCGCCCGCCUCCAGCUCAACGCUGCCCCCAAGCGCACCUUCACCUCCCAGCGCAAGAUCUCCAUGACCCCCUUCCAGACCGUCAAGCGCCAGCAGCCUUCCACUCUCCUCCAGGCCAACGCUCGCCAGGUCUUCGCUACCCAGCAGGCUCGCCGCCAGUACUCCUCGGAGAUCGCUGAUGCCAUGGUUCAGGUCUCCCAGAACAUGGGUAUGGGCUCCGCUGCCAUUGGUCUCGGUGGUGCCGGUAUCGGUAUCGGUCUCGUCUUCGCUGCCCUCCUCAUGAGCGUUUCCCGCAACCCUGCUCUCCGUGGCCAGCUCUUCUCCUACGCCAUUCUGGGCUUUGCUUUCGUUGAGGCUAUCGGUCUGUUCGACCUGAUGGUUGCUAUGAUGUGCAAGUACGUCUAA